AUGGCAGAAAUAAGUGAAAAAUACAACACAAAAUGUCCUGGUGUGAAACGUCUAAUGAGAGAGGCCAUGGAGCUAGCGGAGGCCACAGAGGAAUAUUGUGCACGUCCUUUAGAAGAUAACUUGUUUGAAUGGCAUUUCACCGUACAAGGCCCCAAAGGUACAGAUUUUGAGGGUGGUAUCUACCAUGGUAGAAUAUUAUUGCCUAAAGAAUACCCUAUGCACCCGCCUCAUAUAAUACUUUUGACGCCAAAUGGAAGAUUCGAAGUUAACAAAAAGAUUUGUUUAUCGAUUUCUGGUCAUCACCCAGAAACUUGGCAACCAUCGUGGUCAAUAAGAACUGCUUUAUUGGCUUUGAUUGCUUUUAUGCCAACUCCAGCUGAAGGUACUAUUGGGUCGCUCGACUAUUCGCCUGCAGAGCGUAAAGUACUUGCGAAGAAGUCUGUAACUUGGGUGUGCCCACAAUGUGGUGAAAUAUCUGCUCUAUUAUCAUCUACGGCAGCAAAACCAAUCACUGAGGAAGAAAAGUCAGUGUUAAAUCAGAUUGCUUUCAAAGCUGAAGAGGAGCAGACUGCUAAACCCCCAGAAGAACCUGUUAUUGAGCCAGAACCUCAAGUUUUAGAGUCAUCUGAACCCACCAAUAGCUUUUUGGAUCAGCUCACCGAAAUAUUGGUUGCCCUUUUAGUGGGAGCCAUUGGUAUUUUCAUUUACAGACGCUGGAAUGCUCACUACCCUGCAUCUGAGACAGAGCUGUAA